GGAUGAUCUGGAGUCAGUUUGACGUCGGAGGGCUUCGAAUGAAAAGCUGAAGACAGAGCUGAACACAGCUAUAGUCACAGCUGCAGCGCUUCUCUUUCUGUGCCUGAGUGAACUGGUUGCCAACAAACAUUAAGGAUGACUGACCAGAACACAGACAUGCACUGCGUCCAGUCAGGGAGUACACUGGCUUUGAGUGGCUCAGAGACUGACUACAGACAGUACCUGCGCAGUGUAUUUGGGGAGAGCACUGCUGAGUACUUCCUAAACCCCUCGUCACUGCUCAUAAACACUCCUGCCUGGUACACACAGAUGAAAGACAACAUGAAAGAUAAUGUAAGUGCAGAGGCACUCUGGGACGCACUGAGGCAGCGCUCUGCUCGGAUACUGAAGAAAAUGGAGGCCAAACCCUCUCAGCAGAAGCUGUCAGCUGAUUGGGAGGAGCUAAUGAGACAGGAUCACCUGCUGCAUCUAUCAGAAAUCAGGCUUAUGUUCCGCAUGGCCCAGCGUAACCAGGCCUACACUGGACUCCUCCUCCAACACAGGCCUCUGUCUCUACUCUGUGGCCCAGAUACGACUGAGGGACCCAGACAAUAUCUCCCAGAGAAGAACGUGGACUGUCAGAACAGAAAAGACACACAGCAGCACUAAAAGCCUGGCUCAUGUAUGGGUUAUAAGUGCAGGGGUAGUGCAGGCUUACCACUCAGUAAGCAAAAACCUUGUAUUGAAACAGCCACAAUAACCCAUGAAGGGUUCAGGGCACCCUUUAAGGAAGAAUCAUCUGCUCCUACAUAAACAACAGUUUAGGCUUAACAGUACAUGUGCUGGCAC